AUGAGUGAGGAAAAAAAUUGCGCUAAUAUGCUCAGACGUAGUCCCUUGCAGGUUGCGGAUGCCCACUUGGAGGUGUCCACUCUGGUGCCUUUGACGAAGGAGACGUUAGAGAAUGAAGCCAAUGGCUGUCCGGCUCAAAACAAUUCUGAUCUUGUGAAAUCUCGCCUUUCUUUAGAGUAUAUUUUAUAUGCUAGUUUACUGGUAGGUGCCAUUUUUUCUGGCUUCAUUAUUGUUUCGGAGGCGUCGCGGGUACACAUUGGACGGCAUUAUGUUCAACCCCCGCGAUGGAAAUGGUUGUCAACGCCGCCAUUCAAUUCCGUUGGUUACAAUGGUUUGGGUGAUGCCCAAUGGAAAGCCCUCGACAGAUGGUUUUGGCUCUUGAUUGCGCUGUACACUUGCUUUGCGAUGGGAUCUCGUGUCAUUCGUUGGGCGUUUUUUGCGAGAAUAGGGGUACGUGCACUCCACAUUUACCAAAGCAUUUUAGGUGUUUGCUUUGUUGCGUUUCUCCAUGGACCGGAAUUCUGCGUUCCACUUACACUCGCACUGAUGAACUAUGGAUUUGUUGUUUUCUUUGUGGGUUCUGGUGUCUCUUACCGCGUGUUCAUGGCAGUCAUGUGGUUGUCACAGCUAACGCUGUUGUUUCUCGUUAGAUUCUGUGGCGAAAAGAUGAUGUCGGUGUUCCAAUCCGCAUCAGAUUCAAUGUGGAGUAGAAAACUGCGCUGGACGGUCGUCUUCAAUAUGUACACCCUCCGUAUGGUUGCAUUCAACAUGGACAUGUAUGAAGCGUUUAGGGAUGGUCCGACGCAGCGGGAGCGGGCGGUGCGUAAGCACGAUACAAACUGCCUGGAGUGUGCGCAGAUGCGGGAAGCCAACCGCGAUGAAAACUCUCCCACCACACGUUGUUACAGGUUCCGCACGGAGAGUUCAUGCCAUCCGCGUGAGUACAAUCUGUUGAGUUACAUUGCAUACAUGUUGUAUAUUCCACUGUAUGUAGCUGGCCCCAUGUCGUCCUUCAACGCCUUUGCGUCGCACUGCCACUGCACUACUGUCGCCAUGCCGCGAAGGCAGAUGGCCCUUUACGCGCUGCGCGUUCUCACCCUAUAUCUGACGCUUAUUUUUAUGCUUCACUUUACGUUUGUGAAUGCUUUUCGUAUGCGCCCAGAAGUUUUUUGGGAGCUCAGUGUUUUCGAGAGCUCGUCGCUGCUUUACUAUUGCCUGGCUUUCCUCUGGCUAAAAUUCAGCCUGGUGUGGAAGCUCAGCCGCCUUGCUGCGGUGUCAGAUGGCUUCGAUGUGCCCGAGGACAUGCGCCGGUGCUUUACUAACACUGUGAGCGUACAGGACUUUUGGCGUGACUGGCACGCCUCCCUUAAUCUGUGGAUUGUGCGCUACAUGUACAUACCAAUGGGCGGGAACAGGAUGAAGCAUUUCAAUAUCUUCCCGAUUUUUUUCUUUAUUGCCAUUUGGCAUGACGUUGAACUUCAUCUGGUGAAAUGGGCGGUGUGUAUCCUGACCGUUUUCGUCUUGGAGCUUGUUGUGGGUUCAGUGUGGCAUUCCUCUCGCUUUGCCUGGCUACGCCGCUCCAAGUAUCAGCGUUUCAUCCGCUCCUUUGGUGGCUUAUUCACUGUUUUUGGUUUGAUCGUGGCAAACCUAAUCGGAUUCUCUUCUCCAACGUACAAAUCGAACGAGCGCCAGAUGGACAAUGUCAUUUCAAACAGCUUACUGUCGGCCGGCCCUCUCUUUUAUGUCGCGUUUGUGGUUUUUUUGUAUUGUGCGGCGGCGGCAGGCAUUAUUACCCGUGAUGCGGAAGCAGCAGAAUUGCUUCGGUUAAAGAAAAGAUACGGAAUUUCCGCUGGUGCCUAA